GUGACACUGCGUGGUUGCACCGUGAAGCUUUUAAGAACAGUUAGAGAGGCUGUUUCAUAUAUAUAUAUAUAUAUAUAUAUAUGUAUAUAUAUAUAAGCAACUGGAAUUUAUCACCUCUCGUAUAAAAUUCCACACACAGUGAGGUCAACCCGGCGAGAGGGGGGACAGGACAGUGGGAGCGAGCCUGUGAGUAGACGCUGCUUGAACUAAAUGUAUGGACUGACCACCACAACAGCAGGAGACCAGACCCCCUCUCCCUGUGCAGCCGUGACCUGCCUGCAACUUCACAUCAAUCUCUCAUCCUUAUGAACUUUGAGAAGCUGCCUUUACCUCUGUGGACUUUUUUUUGUUUGUUUUUUGGCACACCUUUACGCACGCCUGUGACCGCCGCUUGACGCGACUGUUGUGAGAAACUUUAAAAUCCGCGUCAUGCUGCAGUGACUCCAGCGCGCUGGACUGGGACUUCACGGCCAAACUGUAAACAGCGGGAGGGCGAAGAAGGAUGCCUGGACAAUAUUUCUAACCGCGCUCGGCGGAGGAGACGGAAUCUGUUCGUGUUACUCGAUCGAGCGGAGAAACUGGGACCGUAAAUCACACGGAGGCAAGUGGGCUCCAGAGGUGAAGCGAGGACAAGGCAGGUUGGUGUCUCCAAAUUCACCGCGGGCUCGAGUUUCAGCUGCCCGGGGGGCUCCUGGUAUUAAAGCGCGCAUCUGACCUGGGAUAAGUUGUCAACAAGAGCAGUGAACGGAGGCAAACUGGCAGGUGUACAAGUUCAUUUACAUGCAUACGUAUAUUCACGCCACUAUAUAUAGAAGUUAGUCUUAGGGACUAGCAGCCUUAAGAAGUUUCUCCACCCACCCCACGGCCCUGCAGCAGCCCCGCGCGCCGGGCGUGUGCGUGUGUCUAUAUAUACACCACACAGGCUUUUAUUCCUGAUCGCAAUCUGUAUCCGAGAGGGCUGCCCGCCGUCGGUUUGGCUGUGAGGGCAGGAGUCGUCGCAUGGACUGACAUGGCCACCGACCUCGCCAUGAGCGCAGAGCUGCCCAACAGCCCUCUGGCCAUCGAGUACGUCAACGACUUUGACCUGAUGAAGUUUGAGGUGAAGAAGGAGCCGCCGGAGGCCGACCGCUACUGCCACCGCCUCCCCUCGGGCUCCCUGUCCUCCACCCCGAUCAGCACACCCUGCUCCUCCGUGCCUUCCUCGCCCAGCUUCUGCGCCCCGAGCCCGGGCGCUCAGCCCAACCAGGGCCUGGCGGGCGGCGUCAACAGCAGCGGCGGCAGCAGCAACAACAGCAGCGGCAACAACAAUCACAGCAACGCGGGGAAGCCCCAGCUGGAGGACCUGUACUGGAUCCCCAGCUACCAGCACCACAUCAACCCCGAGGCGCUCAACCUGACCCCGGAGGACGCGGUGGAGGCCCUCAUCGGCAACGCGCACCAUCACCAUCACCACCACCAGGCCUACGAGGGCUUCCGCGGGCAGCAGUACGUCGGGGAGGACCUCUCCACGGCCUCGGCGGCGCACCACCACCAAGCCCACCACCACCACCAUCACCACCACCACGGCCACCACGCCCGCCUGGAGGACCGCUUCUCCGACGAGCAGCUGGUCAGCAUGACGGUGCGGGAGCUCAACCGGCAGCUGCGCGGCUUCAGCAAGGAGGAGGUGAUCCGCCUGAAGCAGAAGAGACGCACCCUGAAGAACCGGGGCUACGCGCAGUCCUGCCGCUUCAAACGCGUGCAGCAGAGGCACAUGCUGGAGACCGAGAAGUGCACCCUGCAGAACCAAGUCGAGCAGCUGAAGCAGGACGUGGCGCGCCUCGCCAAGGAGCGGGAUCUAUACAAGGAGAAGUACGAGAAGCUGGCCAGCCGGACCUACAAUGCCGGCGGACCCGCGAACACGAGAGAUCCGUCCGGGAAACAGGCCAACGCCGAGUUCUUCAUUUAAUUCCCUCCACAGAGAAAAGGGGACUUUAAAAACCAGACAUCUGCGCACAAAACGCAAUCCGUGUGCGCAUUGCGAGUCUUAAGAGAUGUUUAGGCUGAACUUGUGUUACGAGCCGCUGCAGCCUGUCAGCCGGGCACAUGGGAUCAUCGUCCUGGAGACUCUGGUGCAACAGAACUUAGUCAGAAGUCUUACAGAAGCAAUGUGACGUUUGACGUGACUGUCUUAAUUCAGAGAGAAUUUGUCUUAAAAACGGGACAAAGAAAGAUUUUUUUGUUUUGUUUUGUUUUUUAAAAAAAGAGACCGAACGAACUGAAAUAGGAGCAGAAGAAGCCGCCUCUCUUUUACCCGGAGAAGGUUCACGAGACUGUUUGAGUGGAAGUGGAAGAGAGGCGGCGUGUGAUGCAGAGGAGAGACCUUUCAAUAAUGCAAGUCUAAUAGUUUCCCGUCCCUAUUUGCAACCCUGCAUGCAGGACAUGUAUGGUAACCUCCAGCUCCUCAGCUCCCACGACCCCUCCACAUGUAUGGAAAGCAUGACCCACGGUCCUCUCCUCUUCCUCCUCCCCCUCCUCCUCUUCCUCCUCCUCACCCUCUCCUCCCCUCCUCACCUCCUUCCAUCAGUAAGGCCUGGGUAUGCAAAAGUAAAAGCCACAAAAACCUUCCCCCCAGUUCCCCUCUUUCCUUUGACUCCCCCGAGAGGUGCAAGGACUGCGGACUAAAACCUGCAAAACAAUCUGCUACUGCGAACAAAAAAAAAAAUAUUUCAAAAGAAAAAUACAAACACAAAGUGGAUGCGUCUUUAACUGCUAUUUUCAAUCAAUUUUUCUAUUGUUUUAAAAAAGAAAAAGGGAAAAACGACAAAAAAGAGACAAACUGAGCCAGAUUUUAGACUGUAUUUAUUUCCACCUGUACAUAACUAUGUAGAGAAAAGAACAGCGAGCAGUUAACUGUUAUUUUACCUUCUCUCUUUUUAAAGAAACCUGCUUUUGUUGCUAGGAUUAUUCGAAAUGUCUUAAUACAAAAAUGUUUGUAUGUUACAGCAUGCAAAUCUGUCUAUGGUAUCCUCCUCCUCCUCCUCCUCCUCCUCCUCCUCCUCCUGAACAUGUGUAAUGUUAAAGACGAGCCUAUACUGCACUAAGAAGAGAUCAAACAUUUUGUUUUCUAACUCCUGGACCUUUGGUCUGUCGCUCUCUUUAAAAAGAAAAAAAAACCCUGGAUGUAAAUUGGAUGAGGUGAAACCCUCAUCGGUUAGAAGGACUGCAUUCGCUGCUAAAACUAUGCACCAACCUGAUGAUUACAGAGUUAAGGUUUUUAUUUUCAUUUUAUAUUAUUAUUAUUAUUAUUAUUUUAAAUCUUUGUAGACGAACAUUUGUGGGGCCCGUGGGUUCGUCCUGCAGCCCGCUGUCUUAACGCGGAAGUCUUGUGGUCUGAUGGGAGGAUGCUCGACUUUGCCUGGUGGUAGAACUGUUCUUACGAUGCAUUAUUCUGUCAGCAAGAAGACCCCCCUAUCCCCUCCCCCCCUCCUCGCCCCU